ACGUCACGUCCGGCAGCUUCCGUGACCGCGUCCGCCAUUGCUGAGUACCUACCCAAAGUUGGUUCUUUAUUCUAUGGUCCUGCCUUGUGGCUUGAAUAGUCGACAGCUUAUUUUUUCUCUUUUAAGUUUCUCUCUCUCUCUCUUGUUUCAUUCAUAGCGGAAUUUUUGUGGUUUCAGCGUUUGUUUCAGCAUGAGGCAGGCUUGUUCAUGCUCAGCCGUUCAGUUCGCAAACUAUUGGAUGCGUAUGUUUAGUCAUGCCGGAAUCGAGCCAGGAGAGGCUAAAGCUUCACUCAACUGUUUUUUCAGCAGUGUACUUGGCAGAGUAACGGCGUUAAAGGUUUGUAAAUAUGUAGUAGUUCACCUAAUAGACCGAUGAAAAAAAAAAAAAAAAGAAAAGAGAGAGAGAGAGAAAGGGACCUUUCAUUUUCUCCCAGAUUCAAGCACGUCCCGAAAGCGUAAAGCGCAUUCUACCACGGCAUAUGAAUCGGCUAAACUUCUACUGCCAGAGAAGAGCACAAAGGUUGCCUGUUCAAUAUAUCUUGGGAGAGUGGACGUUUCACGGAUUGCCAUUGAAAAUGUGCCCACCAAUAUUCAUUCCAAGACCCGAAACAGAAGCGCUGGUGGACAUCGUUCUGUCGCACAUUAACCGUAGCGACAGUGGCACUGAACAUGUCUUAGAUGUCGGCUGCGGCACAGGUGCCAUUUGCCUCGCUCUUGCUUCCCGUACUACUAAGGUUCAUUACACAGGCAUUGACAAAAAUUUGGUGGCAGUAAAACUGGCCAAAGAAAAUGCAUCACAACUGGGCUUGUCAAAAAGAGUUUCCUGCUAUGUGGCCGAGGUCACUCCAACUGGCUUGAGACAUCUAGAACCUCAGUUAAUGAGCUCAUUGUAUGACGCCAUUGUCAGUAACCCGCCUUACAUUGCCACUCAAGAGUACUGGACAAUUGAGCCAGAAGUACUGAGGCAUGAAGACCAUGCAGCUCUUUUUGCUGGCAUCGAUGGUUUGGACGUUGUGCGAAGCAUUCUGCAACUUUCGAAGACAUUGCUCAAAGUUGGAGGGCAUCUAUUUAUAGAAGUAGGGCUCUCGCAGCCACCCCUCAUUCAAGCCAUGUUGACAGCACCAGAGUACAGCCAGAUGUUCAAGCUGCUGGCAGUGCACCCAGACUUCACUUCACGGCUGCGGUUUGUUGAAAUAAAACGAAUAAAAUAAAACAGUUUUGGUGGA